AUGGGGGCUGCUGCUGCCCUGCUCCGGGCCCUGCUGCUCCUCGGGGGGCUGCACUCAGCCCCUGCCCUGGGGCUCCUCCAGGACCCCCCCACCGUGUACGAGGGACCCCCUGGCAGCUAUUUUGGCUUCGCCCUGGAUUUCCACACGAUGGAGGGCAGGCCCAGCGUGGUGGUGGGGGCACCCCGCGCCAACACCUCCCAGCCCGGCGUGGCUCAGCCUGGUGCCGUCUUCCUCUGCUCCUGGCCCGCCGGCGAGACCCCCUGCCACCCCCUCCCCAUCGACACUGCGGGGGACGAGACCGAGACCCAAAAGACCUUGAAGCUCCACACGUACAAGUCGCACCAGUCUGGGGCAUCCGUCACCAGCUGGGACGGCAAACUGGUGGCCUGCGCCCCGCUGCAGCACUGGAACGCGAUGGACAGGCAGCACGAGGCUUUCCGCACCCCGACGGGCGCCUGCUUCGUGGGUGCCCCUGGGCUGCGCCGCGUCGCCUGGUACUCGCCCUGCCGUGACCAGCUCAUGGCCAGCACCUACCGCGAGAGCUACUAUGCCUACGACAAGCGCUACUGCGAGAUUGGCUUCAGCGCGGCCGUCACCCCGGACGGCACGCUGGUGCUGGGUGCCCCCGGCGGGUACUACUUCAUGGGGCUCCUGUACUCGGUGGAGGUGGACGCCAUCCUCACCCGCUUCCACGGCAAGUCCCUGCUGUGGCCGGAGAGCCCCGGGCGCCCCACGGAGGAGCCGGUGUCCACGGACUACGAGGACGGGUACCGGGGGUACUCGGUGGCCGUGGGCGAGUUCGAUGGCAAUCCCAAAACCAAAGAGUACCUGGUGGGGGUCCCCAACAAGAGCAACACGAGGGGCGAGGUGGAGAUCUUCAGUGUGGGGGUGACCCUGCGCCGGCUGCAGGGCAUAGCCAGUGAGCAGGUGGCAUCGUACUUUGGGCACACGGUGGCCGUGGCCGAUGUCAACGGGGACGGGCAGGACGACGUGCUGGUGGGUGCCCCCCUGUACAUGGCCCGGCGCCCCGACGGCCAGCGCAGCGAGGUGGGGCGCCUCUACCUCUACCUGGGGCGGGGGCAGCAGCCCCUCGCCCGGCCCCCCCAGACCCUGACGGGCACCCACUCCUACGGCCGCUUCGCCGCCGCCAUCGCCAGCCUCGGGGACCUGGACGAGGACGGCUACGGCGACGUGGCCGUGGGUGCUCCGUCGGGGGGUGACAGUGGCAGCGGGCAGGUCUUCAUCUUCCGCGGACAGAGUGAGGGUUUGAUGCCGGUGCCCACCCAGCGCCUCGACAGCCCCUUCCCCGGCCCAGCCGCCUUCGGCUUCGCCCUGCGCGGUGCCACCGACCUGGAUGGCAAUGGCUACCCAGAUCUGCUGGUGGGAGCUUACGGGGCAGCCAAGGUGGCCGUGUACCGGGGACAACCUGUGGUGGUGGCCCGGACCCAGCUGAGUGUCCCCGAUGGGCUGAACCCCAAGCUCCUGUCGUGUGUCCUGCCCGACUCCGGUGCCCGCGUCAGCUGCUUCCCCGUGGUGUUGUGCGUCAGCGUGACGGGCCAGCACAUCCCCCAGAGCAUCCGCCUCGACGCUGAGCUGCAGCUGGACCGGCUGAAGCCCAAGCUGUCCCGGAGGGUCCUGCUGCUGCAGGGCCACCAGUCGUCCUGGCACAGGGUGCUGGCGCUGACCCCGGGGACACCCCCCCUGUGCCACAACCUCACCGCCUACCUGCGGGAUGAGGCCGACUUCAAGGACAAGCUGAGCCCGGUCGCCCUGAGCCUGAGCCUGGCGCUGCCCGGGGCCCCGGGGCUGGUGCUCUACGGGGACACCUUGGUGCAGGCACAGACCCACAUCAUACUGGAGGACUGCGGCGAGGACAACCUCUGCGUCCCCGACCUCCACCUGGCUGCCGACACGCCCAGCAGACGCCUGCUCAUCGGGGCGGAGGCCGUACUGCGCCUGCGUGCCAACGCCAGCAACGCGGGCGAAGGCGCCUUCGAGGCCGAGCUGUGGGUGCAGCUGCCCCCCGGCACCCACUACCAGGCGGCCCGUAGCAACAUCCCGGGGCAGGAGAAGCUGAGCUGCAACCCCAGGAAGGAGAACGGGAGCCACGUGGUGCUCUGCGAGUUGGGCAACCCCAUGAAAGCGGGUGCCCGGAUCACCGUGGACAUGGAGCUGAGCGUGUCUGGGCUGGAGGACAUGGGUGAUGCCAUCACCUUCCAGCUCCAGCUGCGGAGCAAGAACAGCCCCAGCCCCACCAACGCGUCGGUGACGGUGACAGUGCCCGUGGAGGCGCAGGCGGCGAUGGAGCUGCGAGGCAACUCCCUGCCUGCCACCACGGUGCUGCCCGCGAGCUGGCACAGGGUGGAGGGCAGCCGGCGGCUCGAGGACCACGGCGUCAAGGUGGAGCACGUCUACCAGGUAGGGUAG